AUGGCUCUCCGCAUCGAUCCAAGCCCUAUCAAUGACCUCUCACUUCCCGCCAUCCACCAACCCCCCAUCGACACGCCUCCCACUUCCAAUUUCUCUCUCGCCAUCGACGAUUUACGCGCUGCUUUCCCCCAUCUCUCUAUUGUAUCAACAGACCCGAAUGAACUGUAUGCUUAUGCUCAAUCUACUUAUUCCCAGAUACCAGGACUUCCACAUGCCGUCAUUGUGCACGUCAGGAGCACAGAUGAUGUCGUUAAAGUUGUCAACAUAUCUAGGAACCAUCUUGUACCCAUUGUCCCCUAUGCGGGAGGAACCAGCCUCGAGGGCAACUUGUCUGCUCCGCCUGGCCCCUCUGCAAGUAUCUGCAUCGAUUUGUCUGGACUAGAUCAGAUCGUGGCUAUCAAUGAAUCAGACUCUGAUGUUGUCUGCCAAGCUGGCGUCACGUGGAACGGGCUGAAUGAGAUUUUGAGAGAGAAAGGAAUCCCGCUGUUCUUCCCUCUCGAUCCAGGUCGAGAUGCCACGAUAGGAGGGAUGAUCUCGACUGGGUGCUCUGGGACUAAUGCGGUUAGGUAUGGGACUGCGGGGGGCGAGUGGGUGUUGAAUGCUACCGUCGUACUCCCAUCUGGCGAAGUGAUCAAGACUCGCCAACGCGCGCGCAAGUCUUCUGCUGGGUUUGACCUCACGAAGCUGUUUAUAGGCGCAGAGGGAACGUUGGGGAUCGUUACGGAAGCCACUCUGCGGUUGGCCCCACUCCUUCCAACGAGUGUUGCUAUUGUGCAGUUCCCAGACGUUAGACAGGCUGCGAAUGCCGUAUGUGAGCUCAUCGACGACCUCUGUAUAAAAAUGAUCAACAAAUACCACUCUCCCUCAACCCACCCCAACCCACACCCCGAAAAAACAACACUCUUCUUCAAAUACCAAGGCUCCCCCUCCACCCUUUCUGCCACCUCCUCCCUCGUACACGAUAUCACGGCGAAAUAUGGUGCGACUGGAUGCAAAGUUGCCACGGAUGAGCGGGAGGGCGAGGAUAUUUGGGCGGAUCGGAGGAAUGCUCUGUUUACAGGUGUUUCGUAUUUGGAGGGGAGUUUGACGGAUGUUUGUGUGCCAGUGUCUCGCCUUCCAGACUUGAUAUAUUCGGCCAAGCAGGAUUUCGAAGAGCUGGGGCUGAUUGCGCCGAUUGCGGGGCAUGUUGGAGAUGGAAACUUCCAUGCGCUCGUGCUUUACCGGGACGAAAAGGAGUUGGGGCUGGUUCAAGAAGCUGUCAAGAGGAUCAACCGAAAGGCGAUCGAGCUGGAUGGAACAUGUACUGGCGAGCAUGGUGUCGGGAUCGGCAAACGCGACUACCUUGUGACCGAGUUGGGUGAGGGGACAGUGGGGCUGAUGAGGACGAUCAAGCAGACGCUAGACCCGCACAACCUGUUUAACCCCGGAAAGGUUAGUGUGGACCACUAG